AUGCCACCCCGCUACGGAGCCCUCAGUGCUACUUUCCAGCUCGCACGCCUUUUCCAAACAUGCUCGCUCAUUGCUAUCAUUGGCAUGACAGCCAAGUUCAUCUCCUCAAUUGUCAGCAACGACGACACAGCACCAAACAUUAUCAUUGGAAUCAUCAGCGUGACUUGUAUAGCCGCGAUAUACUGCAUCAUCACCGGCAUCCUCUUCUUCGAUGACAUUCUCCCGUUCCUCCCCUGCGCGAUCGUGGACCUCCUCCUUCUCAUCGCACUCAUAGUCGUCGCUGUGAUUAUGGGCAAACCACUCUCCUAUCUAAACUGCUCGUCACUCUCCUCGCUGAAUUUCAAGGAUGCGACUACAUAUGCCUUUACGUCGCGCCUGUCUAGCGUCGAGGCAAGCAUCAGCGGCAAGAUUGAUUUCGAGUCGUGGAUUGGAGCGUCGAAGACUAUUUGCUUGGAGACUAAGGCAAUCUGGGGACUUAGUAUUGCGUUGUGCAUCCUGUUUUUCUUUUCUGUUAUUUGCAAUGUUUGCCUCUGGCGUCAGAAGAAGGCCAAAGCCGACGCAGAGAAGUAA